AUGAAUAUUGAUGGGGAGGACGAGGAAAAAUUAAUAAAGAAGGAACUGGCUGCAUUAAAAGAACAGGUUUCUGCUCCUAGCAUAUCACUGAAGCAGAUGCGAGAAUGUCUGGUGCGACUAAUCUACUGUGAAAUGCUGGGGUAUGAGGCUUCCUUUGGAUACAUUCACGCCAUCAAACUAGCUCAGCAGGGUAGUCUGAUGGAAAAAAGAGUUGGCUACUUGGCUGUGUCUCUCUUUCUAAAUGAAAGCCAUCAACUGCUGCUUCUACUGGUAAACACUGUAUUAAAGGAUUUACAGAGCACUAACCUUCUUGAGGUGUGCAUGGCUCUGACUGUUGCCAGCCAGCUAUUCCCACCAGAAAUGAUCCCUGCAGUUCUUCCUCUGGUUGAAGAGAAGCUUCAGCACUCUAAGGAAAUAAUAAGAAGAAAAGCAGUACUUGCCCUGUACAAAUUUUACCUUAUUGCUCCAAACCAAGUUCAACAUAUUCAUGACAAGUUUAGGAAAGCUCUAUGUGACAGGGACCCUGGAGUCAUGGCUGCCUCCCUUCACAUCUACCUACUGCUGAUCAAGGAAAAUCCGGGUGGCUAUAAAGAUUUAACCGGGAGCUUUGUAACGAUUCUCAAGCAAGUAGUUGGAGGAAAACUUGCAGUGGAUUUCAACUACCAUAGUGUACCAGCACCUUGGCUCCAGAUUCAGCUGCUGAGAAUUUUGAGAUUACUGGGAAAGGAUGACCCGAUAACAAGUGAACAGAUGUAUGAUGUUCUGGACGAGUCUUUGCGAAGAGCUGAAAUCAACCACAAUAUAACUUAUGCAAUUUUGUUUGAGUGUAUUCAAACAGUAUAUACUAUUCAUCCAAAGGCAGAUCUAAUGGAGAAAGCAGCCAAGUGUAAUGGAAAAUUUAUCUUAUCACCUAAAAACAACUUAAAGUAUCUGGGAUUAAAAGCUCUCACAUAUGUAAUCCAGCAAGAUUUAAAUCUUGUUCUUCAGCACCAAAUGACAAUAAUUGAGUGCCUGGAUCACCCUGACCCGAUUAUAAAGCGAGAGACUCUAGAAUUGCUCUACCGAAUCACAAAUGCGCAGAAUGUAACUGUUAUUGUCCAAAAACUGCUGGAGUACUUAAGAGAAAGCAAAGAUGAAUACGUCACCAUCAGUUUAGUUGGCAAAGUAGCUGAACUUGCUGAAAAAUAUCCUUCCAACUCAGCAAAUCAGUCAAGACAUAUUGGUGUUGUCGACGCUUCAUUAUCUUUUCUGGAUGGUUUUGUUGCUGAUGCUUUGGGUCAUGGAGCUGCACCAUAUAAGCCACACCAUCAAAGACAGGAAGAGAGGUUGUCAGAAGAGAAAGUCUUGAACUUUGAGCCAUAUGGACUAGCUUUUGUUACAAGCCCACAAGCCUCCAGUGUUACUGGAAGGCAGUCUCCAACAGGAUUAUCCAUCGGUUCAGAGAUUUCUUGCAACAGCACAGAAGCUGGAAUAAAAGAUUCAAAUAGUCUUAAGCUCGAUGGAGUAAAGAAAGUGUGGGGCAAGGAGGGCUAUCUUCGGAAGAAGGAGUCCAAAGAAGAAACCUUAUCAAGUCCCAGUUCUGAAAGUGAAACAACUACAGACCGCUCCUCUAAAACUGAAAGAACUGCAACAUUUUCUGCAGAAGCCCAAGAGAAGCAACAGUUGGCAUCAUCAUUGUUUGUUGGGUUAGGAUCCAGCAAUUUAGUCAGUCUGAUGGGAAAACCUCAGAGCAGUACCCAGAAAUUUUGGAGAAAAUUGAAGAUUGUUGAGGGACAGAAUAGCCAUGAGAAAGCUAUGAAUGCACAGAAGACAAAUGUUCCACACCCCUCUCAAAUUCCAAACCUCGUGGAUAAUGUCCUUGAAAGGUGUAAUUCCUUCCAAGAAAAUAAAGAAAUGCCAUUAAGGAAAAUAUCAUCUGAUUCUGCAGAGGUCCCCACAGAGGAGCCUGCCCAAGGAUAUGACAAAUCAUGGACUCCAAGUAACAACUUGAAGACAAUCAAAGUAUCAAAGGAAUCAGUUUCAGGUCUAUUUGCAGAUGGAAAUUUUGACAUCCUACAGCCUGCAAGUUGCAGCUCUGCCUUUGAGGCUCAGGAACAAAUCUCCAGUCUAACUCCAAAUUUGCCAGAUGAGUUUGCUGAGCAUUCUCAUUCAAAGCUCGAGCUUGUUUGUGCCAAUGAAAAUAUUGCUUUGUUUUCCUGUAAGAUUUGGAAAAAAGACUGUCUGCUCAUAGUCCUGUUUAUUACUAACCUUAGCAGUGUGGAAGUUCGUAAUGCAACAGUCAACUUUGCAUUAACUGAUGAAUUACAGACUUCUGAGAGCAUGGACUUCCCUUUUCCAGUGGUGCAAUCCCAAACCACAGUCAAAUGUCAGCUCUGUCUACAGAUGGUGAAACCAUGUACCCAGGUGCUACUUACUGGACACCUUACUUAUCACCUAGAGUCUAGUCAGCGUACCCAGGAGGAAUUUACACUUGCUCUAUUUUUAAUUGAUUUCAUCAGGCCAUUAAAACUGACCACUGAAGAAUUUGGGCACCUUUGGCUUUCACUUUCCAAUGAUGUGAAACAAAAUCUUAGCUUUACAUCAGAUUCACCUGAAGCUCUACCUUCAGCUCUUGGCACACUGCAGAAAGAACUGAAGCUACAUAUUGUGGAUAUUAUAGGAACAGAAGGGAUAAUAGCAUGUCAACUGCUACCAUCGACGUCCUGUUUACUUCACUGUCGAUUUCAUGGUGGGAUUUUAUCAGUGUGGCUGCGAUCACCUUGCAGUGUCCUUCCAGACUGUAUGUUAUAUGAAUGCCAAAAGGUGAUGCAAAAAGUUCAACUUUAGCAAAAACUCGAGCCAAAACUAGACUAGCUUGUGUAAGCUUCAUUGUGGUUUGCAGAGGUUACUGUGUAGAUUGGACUCAAAUGGCUGAAGUGUUUGGUGCAAGAUUUCUUGUUGAGGAUCGGUGAAGAUUGGUUGUUCUAGAACAGUGAUACAAGAAAGUGGUUAACAAUUGUAAGUGACAUUUAACUGGGGAGUGAGAUUUUGCAAUAAUUAAAACUUUACCAACCCAGCACCUACUUGACCAAUUUUUGUAGUGUCUGUGAUAGACUUGUUUUCCUGGUGAUUUUCUUUGAGAGAUGUUCAAAUAUUUCACUUUGAUAUCAUUUCCAAAGUAUUUUUUUAGAAUGGAAGUUUCAGUUGAGACCUUGGCUAUUGUCAAGAUGCAGCAAUGAAAUUCCGAGUGUGCACUGCUGGAAAUGAGAAGAAAUUAGAUCAAACAUGUUUCAUUCGUAUUUGAAAUGUUGUACAUGUUGGGAUUGAUGAAAUAAUUGCACAGUUUCCUACAUUUUUGUUAAAUGCCAGGAGCCUUGGGAUGCUGUAAUAUAUUUACAGUUUACAAGUAAGCUUAAAAGUUCUCAUCUUUAAAAUUUCACCAAAGUGCACACCAAUUUAUUCUGCCUGUGGUACAACUUGAAAUAUUGGUAAUCUAUUCAAAUACCUGAAGUAUUUUGUACAUAUAUUUUGUUGUCUUUUUCUAAGCACCGAAAUGAUCAAACCUGUAUUCUUUGUAUUGAGCAUUAAUAUUGGAUCUCAUUUGCUGUAGUUAGAACUGAAAUACUGGAGCAGUGAAACAAUGUACCUGUACCAAGCAGCGAUUUACCACUCAAGCAUUUUAGUUUAAACACUCAAAUUCAUUACAAGAGCUCUACUGGUUUGUUGCACUAUAAUUAAGUGAGUUUGCUUCUUAUUUUUGCACUGUGGACAAGAUAAAAGUAAAAAUCGGGGAAGACUUUUCAUGGUGAAACAGGUCAGCUCUGCAUGUAAUUUACUAAUGUUUAUUGAAGACUAACCCAAAGCCUUAUGUUUGUAUAAUAUAAUAAUCCAAGUUGAGUUGUCCUUAUGGUACAACCUCCCUAUUUAAUAAUGGAUAUGUAUAUUAUAUAUAUAAAAAUACCAUAUUGUAGGUGUUUUAUUAUGGUUUUCUUAAGCACCUGUAAUUUAAUAAACAUACAAUGCCAAAAAA